CACAGAUUAGUUGAACAAGUCACUUUACGUUUGUUGCUCAAUACGGAAAAUUGCUAUUAUUUCGAAUUUCUCUCUAUUAGCAUUAGCAUGCUGUAAUAGUUCCCGUGUAUGCAGGUAUCCCGUCCCCAUCAUCCUGACCCGGAGCAGACAUGGUAGAGCCGACAACACACAAGUUCGCAUCCUUAGAAGAGGAGCUGGGCUUCUGGAAGGAGCACGCACAGAGACAUCAGCAAAGGGCUGACGAGUCUCAGGAGGAGCUGCAGGAGUUUCAGCUGAUGAGUCGAGACUAUGAAGCCGAGCUGGAGACGGAGCUGAAGCAGUGCGAGGGCCGAAACAAGGAGCUGCUCCUGAACAACAACCGACUCCGCAUGGAACUGGAGAACAUAAAGGAAAAAUUUGAUGCCCAGCAUUCUGACGCUUUGAGGCACAUCUCAACCCUGGAGGAAGAUCUGGCACAAACCACAGCAGUAAAAGAUCACCUGCAGAAAUACAUCAGAGAACUCGAGCAGUCCAAUGAUGACCUGGAGAGGACCAAAAGGGCCACCAUCAUGUCUCUGGAGGACUUUGAGCAGCGGAUGAACCAUGUCAUUGAGAGGAAUGCCUUUCUGGAAAGCGAGCUGGAUGAGAAGGAGAACCUGCUCGAGUCUGUUCAGAGGCUCAAAGAUGAAUCCAGAGAUCUUCGUCAAGAGCUGGCUGUUCGUCACAAGGAGAGACGUCCGUCCAGCAGCCUCGGCAAAGACGCAGAUCUGUCGAGCCCCUCGGCUGGAAAUCCAUCCUUCCCCGUCACACCCUCCAAACCUCUCAGCUCAUUUGCCACGCCCCCUGCGUCCAGUAUCCGACGAGGCGAUGGUCUAACAGGGACUCCCCUCACUACGUCUGCUAGAAUAUCUGCCCUCAACAUUGUGGGGGAGCUGCUGAGAAAAGUUGGAAAUCUAGAGUCCAAGUUGGCAUCCUGUCGAGACUUUGUAUACGACACGUCUACCAACAGACCGGCACUCUCAGCUGGUCCUGCUAGUCCUUCAGGUGUAGAAGCAAGGCCCGAGGUCCAGACUUCCAGCAUGAGCCCCCCUCCUCAGUACGACAGUUUAGUGAAGCGGUUAGAGUUUGGACCAGCUCCUCCAAGAGGGUCCUCCCAGGGGGCCCAGUCUCCGCAGGGAGGAGUGAAGAUCCUGCUAUGAGACAUAAAGAAGAUACGCCUCCACCCUCCAUCAGCCUCAAUAACACCAACCUUUUAAUGAACUACAGCAUUGGGACUCUGAAGUGAGCUGUCUUCCCUUGUUGCCACGUGUCUGCUGAACUAUUUGAAGAAAGCCACUGUUCUCGCUCCAUGCUCCACAUAGUCAGCACAUGGACUGCUGCUGCCUCAGACUAUUAUCACACCAUAUCCGUCACAGGAAGCAGCGCUUCAGCCUGCAUUACAACAAGGAACUCUGCUGAUCAUACUCGACAUUCAACUAUAUCUUUGACACGGCUCUGUGACAACAGAUUUGCUGUCAGUGAUGGAUCAAGCGCAUCAGGGCUUUUGGGACGUUACUGCUCCCAGAUGGAUGUUGCCUAUGCCCAUUGUUUCAUUGAACUAGGGAACCAAAUUAAAGCAAGUUAUAUCAGAAAGGAUGCAGGUGUAGGGACCAAAAACCCAGUGUCAUUCAUAAAAACAGUCAAAAGAACCAUUAUUCUGUUUCAGUCCAAACCAAAGCUGUGAUUAGAAUAGGGAGAAAAGAAACAUUAAAGGGUUAAGUGAUGAGGUUUAAUGUCAUAAACUAGUACAUUUUUGUUCUUUAAAUUGAAACUAAGGGCUUGAGUAAUGUAGUUUUAAUUUGAAAAGUCAUGAUUUGACUUGUAACUCACAAAGUAUUGUGUGGAGCAAGACUGUUGGUUAAAACAAGGACGAUCAUAAUUCUUUCACUGUCACGAAAAUGUUUUAAUUGAGAAUGAGAGAAGGAUGAAUUAGUUACUGCCGUACUUUGAGGUCUGAGCCUUUGCUGCCUUCAGUGUUUAGUUACCUCUUCAGUUUGUAGGUCUCACGCUACUGAAAUAUUUAAGUUAUUAACCUCAAUAAUGGAUGAUCUAUUUGCAAAUAGAAUAUUCACAGGCAGAAUCUGUUUACAGAGCGGAAUCUAUCCCUAAUGCUUCUAGAAGUGAGGAAAUGUCACUUUCCUUUGAGCAACGUCACAUCUUGGCUUGUUAAAUUGAGUUUGGCCCAUAUCAUUUCUGUCAGCUCCUUCCUGACAUUGCACAGACUUGUUGUUUUUCGUUACCAGUUCUCUUCUGGUAUGCAGGGUUUCUAAAUGUGAAGAUUAGGAUUAGGUUUCCUGCCUCAGAGAUAGCAUUCAUCAUUCUGCAGCUUUAUGAUCUCCUGUUACAAGAACGUUUUACCAAGAUUUUUGACUGAGUGUUGUGUAUGUGCACUACUGAAUGUAUAGUAAUAAUUCUCUAAGAGUGAGACCUUCUGUCUGCCAUUGAGGGUUGUAUGUUGCGAACUGGGCAAAGAUACAAAGCAAUAAUAGAUUUUAACAAGUGAAAGAGAAAAGCACAGCUCGUACUAUAUUUGUGUAGAUAUAUAGAGCCUAUAGCAGAGACUCCUUUUCCUGCCUUUUUAGUAAGAGAUGUUGUUGAUUGGAAAAUAGCAACUUAAAGUUUUAAUAUGGCAUCUUUCCCUGAAAUGUUUCUGGUUAAUCGGUAACUCUCACGACUGCCAUCCAUCAGCUCAUCAAACAUAUUUCAGUUCAUAUCUAAAUAUCACGCACAUACAGAAGUCAUCACUGUAGCCAUGUGUGGGAAUUAACUCUAUACAUAUGAGAAAUGCAGUUUCUGCUCCUCUUUGCUGUUGAACCUUCCUCAAACUAACACCAGCCGACAAGGACGCUGGAAGUAAGGGGGUGCUGACGGGGCUCUACUCCCCUACUGUUAAAGCGGCGUAACUGCAAGGCCAAAUAGUUUUUACAAAACAAAAACCAAAUACAUCAUCUGAUUUAAUUUCCUCAGGUAACAUGUCCACCCAUUAUUUUAAUAGUGUAUUCUGGCACUUUGCUGGGGUGUGGUCACACAUGAGCACGUUUAAGCUGCCUCCCGAUCACUUCCAAUCUUCACCAGCAUGGUGGCUUAUAAAACAUUGCCUUCCUGUGGUGAGGCAAAUCGCAGCGUUCAACUUUGAUGAACUUUGACCUGUGUUAUUCACUUGGCCUGUUAUCUGCCUGAUUUCUGGUGUGGAAAAAACCUGCUUUCUGUGUGCGAACUGUCCCAACCUCAAUAUGGCUCAAUGCCGUUUUGAAAUGCAGAGAUUUAAUUUUAAAGUUAAUCUGUUUGUUUCAAAUUUUCUAAAAUUGGUAUAGUAUUGGCCGUUCAAAUAAAUAUAAAAUCCUACAUGUUGCACUGCUGAACUGCAGCAGUGCAACAUGUAGGAUUUUAUAUUUAUUGGUUACAUCGUUUUCUCUCAGCACCCCAAAAUCUGACUUACUUCCAGCAUUCCUGUGAGCUCACUGUGAAUGUACAUCUAUCACCACUGUGUACUGGUUGUGUGUGUGUGCAGAACCUCUGCAACUGCUUAUACUCUAUCUAGAUUUAAAACUGUAUGUGCCUGAGGUACUUAACCCCACUUUUAUCCUGUCGGUUGGUUUGCAGUUGUUUUUCUACUUGGCUGAACAGAUGAGAAUCUGUUGUGAGGAUUCAGUUUGAUCUCUGGAGUGAAGACAGAAACAAUAAAAGAAGAAAAUGAAA